CAGAGCAUGUAGUUGCUGCCCGGCAAGUGUCAGAUUGGGUUUCUUUGCACUCGUGCUCUUCUAAACGCCGCGCAGCAUGCUUAUUAAUUAACAACAGGGCAACAUCAACGCCAAAAUCAUCAGAUAAAACAUUUAACAAUUGUAUUAAACAGUUGCUAUAAACAUUAAGCAUCGUUGCUCGCUACCGGAGCGCUAUAACUCAAUCGGCUCGGACAACGGAGCAUCCCAUAAACUGUGGAGCGAAUGUUGCGCAACCCUUUGCUCUGUCCGCGUGCUAUCAUAACAACAUUAUCACCAUAAUCACGCCAUCAGAGCCGUAGUCUACGCUGAUUGUUGAAGUAUUGCUGUAGCAGAGACAUGGUAAAACGUUCCAGCGCACACGGCACGGCAGCCGCCGGCGAUGGGCAACAGGGUGAGGAGCGGAGCAGCUCCGGUGGCGACAAGGCUGCCGCAUCCACAAAAUACAUAUCUGGCGCGGCCAGUGCACCAGCCACGCCCACUAAACGCAACGACAACGGCAAAGUGCGAAAGGAGGAAAUCGCCCAGACUUUUGUCAUUGUCAACGAACGUCCCGUGGAUGACAUUUCGUUGGAUUUCUUUUACAAGCCCCACACCAUCACACUGCUGGCCGUCUCGGUGCUGGCGGUCAUGUAUUUCGCCUUCGUCAGGAACGAGGCGAAUCUAGAUGAUAACAUUUGGUCGGGCCUGAUGUGCAUUGUGUUCUUCUUUCUGAUUGUUUCGGUUAUCGCAUUCCCCAAUGGGCCGUUUACACGCCCCCAUCCAGCGGUAUGGCGCAUCCUGUUUGGCUGUUCCGUGCUGUACCUGCUCAUGCUGCAGUUUCUCAUGUUCCAAAAUUAUCCAACAAUACGAAGCAUAUUCUAUUGGAUCGAUCCAAAGCUGAAGAACUUUCACAUCGACAUGGAGAAGGAAUAUGGUGUCAAUUGCUCGGACGUUAGUUGGGAACGUGUCAAGGGUCAUUUGGAUGUCUUUGCUUGGGGCCACUUUCUGGGCUGGGCCUUCAAGGCCAUACUUAUACGUCACAUGGGCAUACUGUGGGCCAUCUCGGUGAUGUGGGAAAUAACAGAGAUCACAUUUGCCCAUCUGCUGCCCAACUUCAUUGAAUGCUGGUGGGAUGCGCUCAUCCUGGACGUGAUCAUCUGCAAUGGCCUUGGCAUUUGGGUCGGUCUCAAGAUCUGCCAAAUACUCGAAAUGCGCGAAUACAAAUGGGCCAGCAUCAAGGAUAUAUCGACGACUACGGGCAAAAUAAAGCGUGCCAUGCUGCAAUUUACGCCGGAGAGUUGGUCGGCCAUCCGCUGGCUGGAUCCCAAGUCGACAGCAAUGCGUUUCGCUGCCGUGAUGCAGUUGGUCAUCUUCUGGCAGGUCACCGAGCUGAAUACGUUCUUCUUGAAGCACAUCUUUGAGAUGCCGCCAGAUCAUUUUAUUGUCAUUGGACGAUUGAUAUUUAUUGGACUCUUUGUGGCUCCCUCCGUGAGGCAAUACUAUGUGUACGUGACCGACACGCGCUGCAAACGCGUCGGCACCCAGUGUUGGGUUUACGGCGCCAUUAUGGUCUCCGAGGCCAUUCUGUGUAUUAAGAAUGGCAAGGAGUUGUUUGAGCGCACGCAAGCCAUCAACAUUGUGAUUUGGCUGACCGUGCAGGUGCUAAUAUCGGUGUCGUUCGUCUACGUGGCCGUCGUCUGGCAGCAACGACAACUGAAGAAGUCCGAGGCACAGGCACAGUCGACGUCAGUUCUUAGUAAACGAGCCGGAGACAGUCCACAGGGCACACCUGCGAAAGGUAAUUUGUCGCCGGUGAAAGAGAAGAAAAUCAAGUGAGGCCAUUUUAGUAAAACCAAAAAAUGAAUAAGGUAACGAAGAGUAAAGCAAAAA